GCGAUACGCACAAACCACGUGCUGGCGAGAGGAACCAAUGAGCGCUUUAUACGUCAUCAUUAGGAGCCGGUAGUGGAACGCGCGGGAUUUUGAAUACAAAGAAAAUCGAGAGUUUUAUUUUCAAUCUUCAAAACCAUAAACUAACGCGUUCAAGCAACCAAAACAUGUCAAAGAAAGCACCGAGAGCAGCCCUGAAGCUCCAUAUGAAGAAGAACACUAAUAUACGGAUAGGAAAAAACGCAGAGUUGAUGGCCCAGCUCAACAUCUUGGUUGUCCUGCAUCGUCUAGCGGAGGAGUCCAGGGUGAAGGCCUUUGAGGAGAAAUCGGCAACCAUCAAAGUUCACCACAUCCGAGCUGUUGCGAAGAAACUGUUAAAGAGCACACGAGGAUGACGGGAGCUCCCCAUCCCACCCCUUUAUUUGUUCAACAGCGUUCACCCUGUGACCUAAAAUGUACUUAAAGUCUUCAUUAUGUGUGAGCUACGGUAUAGAGCACACAACAGAUAUGGACUGUAGAAGAUGAACAUUUUACUUGUUUUCUUUACUUAGAACUUUUACGUCUACAAUUGAAUUUAUGUUGCCUUGUCUCAGCAUUGGGCCCAUUAUUAGGCUGUGAUCCACGAUCAAUUUCUCUUCAAGACUGUUGAACUUUUGCUUCUCUUUGUGUGUAAAUCAUAUAUGAUGGACAGUAUCUAGUUCAGAUAUCUAAAGCAACACACGUGUCCCUCUUCUCUUUGGAUCGUAUUAUGUCUUAAUACCUGUUAAUAAACAAUUUGUACCACUUAACUUGGGUAAAACAUGAUU